AUGAACAAGGAACCGGAGUGGUACCCGGCCCAUGUUGCCGCCCAACGUCGGAAAAAUCCCUGCCUCUCCAGUUUAGAGCGGUUCCUAUCAGAAUCCAAGAAAACGGAACACGCCUGUCGAGUCGCUAGUAUUGAUUUUGUUGAAAAUGAAGAUGGAUCUACGAGUUCCCAAAAUCGCUUUGUGCCUGCCGAUGAGAUCAAACUGGCCAUAUCCUCUGUCGAGCAGCCAACAAACCUGAAGGGCCGGAUAUUGAUCGUGGAGGACAUCUCUCGCGAGGUGAUGGAGUUUCUAGGCUCCAGCCUUGCUAUUGACCCAUUUUUCCUUGCUUCACAUGUAUACACACCAUACCGGGAAAUAAGCAUGCAGACUCCAAACCUGGCAGCUCUUCCAUCGAGAAAUCGGCAUCAGCGUUAUUUUAAUACCCACUAUCAUCGGACCGUGGAGCUACCGGAACGAUGCGAUUAUUUACGACAGCUACACAUCGUACGUGCGAUGAACAUUAACAGAAAGCUUGCUGUAUUACCGCCAACACAUGGUACAUCUAUCGGUCUUGCCCAACAUGCUCUAUCGACCCACCUCUUUACACAGGAGGAGCAUGGGGGACAUUGGCUCUGUUUACUACUUGUGGAUAGUUCCAUUCCAAACGGCCUUCUAUCUCUUGAAAGUCGCGAUAAGACAGCCAAGGACCGUUGGACCAGAUUUAAUUUACGUACCAAUCUGUUUUUAUCGGGUUAUGAAGAUUUUCUCGAUCCUCCCGAAGCAUUCACAGCCUCAGCAGAUGCAUGGGAGCCCCCUUCUCGUCUAGGGAUGCUUGAGGAUUUGGCAUACUAUUGGAGCCGGGAAUGGCCCGCGGAUUUUGACCCUGCAAAUCCUACACUGUUAUCCUUGUGCUUCCAUCCUCUGAAGAUUAUUGCCGCAGAGUGGAUGAACGUAUUGGCAGUUAUGAACUACCACAUCAAACGCUACGAAUACAGCAUCGAAGGCCAGAAAACCAUUGCCCAAGAUCUCGACAGGCUGAACACUGAUCUCAAUAGCCUACAGCGCUGGAAGCGGCGCAAUCUUUCGUCACAGCAGAAGAUCGGCGCAAUCAGAAGAUUUGUCGACUCUCAUGUAGGCCACGUAGCAGGUGAAUCAAAUACCAUGCUGCAAGCCGAUUCCUUGAACCCCAGAUGCCUGGUUGAAGACUUUGGGUAUCUUACAGCCAGCCUGGAUCAAUAUUCGGAGAGACUGGAAAGCAUGUUACCGGUUGUCAUGUCUCUAGUGCAAAUCUCGGAUACUCGCCGAUCCCUUGCUGAAGCUGCAAACAUCAGUCGUCUGACGUAUCUGGCCUUUGUGUUUAUUCCACUAAGUUUCACAAGCAGCCUAUUCAGUAUGAAUACGGAUACAGGCCCCGGUGGAAGGCAUUUCUGGAUUUAUUUUGUUGUGGCUAUCCCCAUCACGGCUGCAACCUUCCUCUUGGCUAGGCCUCCUGGUUCCCCACGGGAAUGGCUAAAAACUCGUAUCUUCUCUGCAAGAGGCGUAGUAGGCCAGGUUUGA